AUGGGCCUGCCUCUGGUCGGCUGCGCUAGCCAUAGGCUGAAUUUGGCUAUUCAGCAGUACAUCUCUGAGCACGAGGCCCUUCUCUGUCAAGUUAAUGAACUGAUGACUCAGCUACGCACCAAGAAAAACUCUGCGAGCCUGGGGGAGUACACAGAUCUUCGGCCUGUGAAGCGCAACGUGACGCGCUGGAGCUCAACUUUCAAGAUGGUGAAGCGAUUUGUAGAGUUCAAAGAUGCUGUGAAGCACGUGGAGGCCGUGGACGAGCUCAUGCCUAGGGCGCCCGAUUGCAGAAAGCUGGAAAAACUACUCGAAGAUUUAAAGGCGCUGGAUAGUGUUUGUCUGGCGUUGCAGUCCAACAAAACAACUUUGAGCGAUGUCCGCAUCAUGUUUGACGGUGUCAUAAAGCGCUACCCUAAUAUGGCCAAGUACCUGUCCCAGGAUGCAAAUAUUGUCCACUCGCCAGCUUUUGAAUCUGCUGUCGUCAAGAUAAUGCAUCAGGAGAGACUGUCUCGACUAGAGACAGCUGCAAUUGCGUCAUUCCAAGUUGGUGAAAGUUCUGCUUCUGAGCCCGAGGAAGCCAACGCUUCCAGCUUUGCGGCGACGCUGCUGCAUGCUGGCAACAAACGGAACUACGCUACUGCCAACGCUCCACAGUACGAUUCUCUACUCUUUCAUGUGCCCCCGACGAACAACGAUUGUGAGCGCCUCUUUUCCAAGGCAACUUCGAAAUGA